UCCGGCGCGGGGCACCUCACAGUUCGGAACCUCGCCCCCUUGCACACAACCACCACCACCACCACCACCGAACUGAAAUACCCCUAACAAACCAGCAAAUUUACACCAAAGUACACAAUAUUUAGCACACAAACUUUAUAUCCUCACACUCGCCUAGUCUGAAGGUCUUCUCAUAAUGCCCGGACGAGACUCAAUGGAACUACUGUUGCAUUUCACGCACGAGACAUGACGCUCAAAGUGACAAGGUUGUGUUGACUCCUGUAAUUACCCCACGUGACUGAUACAACAUUUACCGCCACGACACACACACACACACACACACACACACACGCCGGGAGCACUUCGCCAAAAUACACUCCUUAAGCUUGUCCCCUCGCCCAAGACACAACACAGCAACAGCGAUGCCAUGCAAGACACAAUGGUGGACCCUGACCUGAGCGCAGCCUUCGCGUGAUCCGCGCCCAGGAGUCGCGAGUCGCUGAGCACAUCUUGACCCACACGUGACCUGCGAAUAGAUGACCAGGCAGCCCGGCAGCUGGUGAUGCUCCGCGCGCCGCUACCAUGACGCGCGCCACCUCACGCCCCGCCCUACAGACGGCGUGCUUCCUGCUGCUGCUGACGGCAUGGGGAGACGCCCGCCUCCCUCUCCAUCGUCACACUCGUGCCACAAGUCACCGUGCGGGGACGGCUGCUUAUGACAAGUGUUCCCACCCUUUUCAUGCCUGGAUGUGUGAAUCCCCGUCCCGAUCUCGAGUGUCAUCAACAUCCUCCACGGGCAAGCAGAUUACCGUGGCCCAGGACACCUUGCCACUUCAAGAUCCUCAACUUGCUCCUCAUUCCCUCGCUCUUACGACCCCCACACCACCCACCACCUCUUCGGUCCCUCAGCACAGACAAGAUUUCCCUCCAGAUACGGCACCCUCUCGACCAGUGCCUCAGAACACUUCAGCUAUCCCAGAACUCACUCCAUCCCCCACCACAUCCCUAGAACCAAGGCGCGGCAGCAUCUUAUUCUCAAAGCCCCCCACCCCCAACCUGCCACCUUUGCCCCAACUAUCUCCUCUGCCAUCCAAGGCGCGGCCCAAGGCGGUGCAGCAAGAACCUCACUACGAUCAUUGUUCUCAUCCGUUCCAUGCAUGGCUCUGCAGCGCCGCUGCACGACCACGUUCUCGACUCAAACCUGAACGUCUUCCCACUCCAAGGUCCACCCCACGCCCUACGCAGCACCCAACUCAUCGACCCAGCCCGCCUCCCACUUCACGCCCCGCUCUACAAACAACACAGCGCCCAACUCCACUUCCAAUUCGACGUCCCACUAAACAAUCCUCUGCUAGUCCCUCCCCAGAUGCCUCCAACACAAGAAAAGAUUUGCUGCUCCUGCCCCAGACUUCUACAACACCUCGACCGUACGACGUAUGUUCACACCCAUUUCACUCUUGGCGCUGCGAAAGACCACGGCUGCGCCCUAAACCAUCCACUCUGGGUAAGUCAAUCAAGCCAGCCCCUGACCCACCAAAGUCAAGGCCUCCCUCAAAAAUACAAACGCUGCCAACUCCUACCCCACUUCUUCCUAAACCGAGUUGGGACGGAGCUGAUCCCUGUACCCAUGCCUUCCAUUCCUGGCUGUGUAACCGGUCAGCCUCUAGCUCCCGCUCCCGUCCCCGACUCAUCUCCCGUACCCGUCCCCACUCCCGACCUCGGCCAAGGCUCCGCCCCACGCAGAAGCCAGUUGCUGACCCCGUGCUUGACCCGGCGGCCUCUUUCCCCGUCGAAGCACCAGCGUUAUCCUCCAACAAUUUCCGGGCCACUCCGACGCCAUCCCCAGCUUCCCCCCAACUCACUACUACACAGCGGCGCGGCAAGUCAAAUGAUCCGGAACCUCAAGCGGAGCCCGAGCCCAGCCGGCAGGACGUGUGUCGCCAUCCCUUCCACAGCUUCCUGUGCUCAUCGCCCCGCCCCACCAGCAGCCCCGCCCCUACCUCGGUCCCUGCAAAGAUACCCGUAGCUGCGCCAGCUUUCCUUACUCCACGAACUAAGGUGAAACCACCCAGGGAGCAAGGAAGCCUUCCCGCAUCCCUACCACAACGGGGCCACCUUUGUAACCACCCCUUUCACGCGUGGUUGUGUGGUCAUCACCAACAUAAGAAGCACCACAGGAGUAGCACCACAUUACCACCAGGACGCAACAAGGUGAUGAACACAGUAACAGAUUCUAUAGCUUCAUCCCCUAAUAAGACUCUCUUGACCACCGCCUCACCCCGUCCCGUCCCAACCGUGCCGCCCCAAUCUUCCCUCAGUAAGGACCACCAGACCCCAGCUUCCCUCCAAACCGCCCCUUCCACCCUGCACCUUGUUGUGUACGCACGUCCCCUCACUUGGUUUAAUGCUAGCGUGUCCUCGCCUCUUCACACCUCCGAUCAUCGACCCGUCCAGCACGCCGGUCGAUCUCUCCCGCCCCUCCGUACCACCACCACCUGCAGGAGCCUUAUAAACUGUAACGGAACAAAGUUGUCACCUGCCUUACUGAGGUUUCCUGUACCUUGAGGGACAAUAAUAAACACAGCAACCAAGUACAAGAAAUUCACCGAUCUUGCCAGGAGUAAAUCAUCAUAAUACUCAUUACAAUACUGCGCAGCCUCGACUCGGCGGCCAAGCUCCACGCCAUGCUGCUAGCUCGUGCCAUGCCGCCUACAUACUCGCCUUGGAUUUAUAGUUAACGCUGUAGCCACUGAUACCAUAGUGCUUCCCUGGACUCCCCCUUUACACCCUGAAGCUGGUAUCAGCACGCAGCACCCCGACAACAGAAAACUCACCUAAGCUGGUCUUAGUGACGUUCUUCGGGUUUGUUUACAUGAUGAAGUUAACUUCGAAAUGAUAGAGAUUCGGUUUGUGUUCAACCCACUUGCUUUUGUUGUACAGAGAAUGUAUUAAACUAAUAAACAUAGAAUUAUAAGAAAGAUUUAAUAGUUUAUAUUUUGACUGUUGUAUUUUCUUUUUUUCUUUUUUUUUUAUCUAUACAGAACCGAAUCUGUAACAUGAGUCAAACCCUCCUCUGUGUACAGGCUGGCUUGUAUACUGAGGUUUACUACUAACUAUUGUUUUCGUAGGUAUAGAUGUUAUAGAGGUGCUUACCAGGGAAUAAUUUUCACACAAUAUAUUCAGCUUAGUUCCGUGAGGGUGGUGUUCUCAGCAUAAUGCCAAUGCGUAAGAUUACAAGGCUUAUUCACGGUAGUGGCUUAGCUGACGUCAGUUCCAUUGGUGAAGUGUACCAUAAAAUAUGUACUAUUUUUGUAUUAUGGAUGUCCUGUUAGUGUACUACAAGUGAUAUAACAGAAAACAUAUAUCUGAUAUUCUAUAUAGAGCAGAUACAAAGGCCUGGGUAUAGCGAGGAAGCAAUUAUCACAGGAAAGAUAAAUGCUCGUUGCAUAGUCUAUAACCUAUACAUUCAUUCCUGAAACUGCAUUGCAACUACGUAUUAUCUGUUAUCCCAGUUAUGUUGUUCAUUAUAAACCUGAUUAAGCUG